AUGGGUAAUCCUUAUAGAGAUAUGAAGGACAUUAAGCUCACUUGUCAUCUCGUUCGAGACUUUGAAGAAAUUUUUGGAUGUUCCAGUCUCGCUGAGAAAUUUGAUAUUGAAAUUAACUCUAGCGAUUACGUUGAUUCUCUUAAAGAUAAAAUCUAUGAAGUCAUCAAGCAGAAAAAUAAUAUUUUCCCCGAUAUUAAGGCUGAUGACUUAAUGCUAUGGAAGGUACAAAUUCCUAAUGAUGAUGAAAACGAAUUUUUAAGCCUUGAAUUACAAGAAGGUGAAGAGAGGUAUGCAAAGAAACUCAGAAAAAUUAUUAGCAAUUAUUGGAAUGGUGAGAAACUUCCAAAAGUAGGAUAUAUUCAUGUUAUUGUCGAUUCGCCAUUGAUGAGAGCAAAUCAACAAAUGGCAAAUUUGGCAAUUAAUCGAGACAUGAUCAUAAUUUUAACACGCUCUAUGUAUGAAGAAACGACCAAAAUUACUCUUCACAGCGUCGUUAGAAGUUUAGGUACUUGUGGCUUUUUCGAGAUAGAAAUAGAAAAAAAUGAACGUAUUGUCGAUCUUAAGGAGAUCAUUAUGAAAAAAUAUUAUAAGUCCUUUUCGGAUAAUGAUUUCUAUGGCAUUAGGUUAUGGAAAGUGGAAGUAUCCUUUGAAAAUAAAGCAAUAUUUGAUAAUCUCAAAAAUAAUAAAGAGGCCAGUACCGUUAGGAUAAUGUUAAAUGGUGAGGAGCAAUAUGGAUCGGAAAAUAUUGAAGAUACGUUUGGAAACCCACCUAAAAACUAUUACAAUUUUGUCAUUCAAGGUUAUUGCUACAAAUGUAAGAUAUGCCUUGAUAGAUCAUUUAAAUUACAUGAAAUUUCUGAUUUUCAUAUAAACAACGUAAACAACGAGAAUGCAGGUGAAAAUGGACCUGAAUAUGGAAACGAGGAUGAAGGAGAUUCCUCACCAACUGAAUCUGAAUUUGUGGGAAAUUUAAAAAAUGUUCACAAAUACAUUGAUAUGGAUGAAUCUGGUUAUAAUAAUGUAAUUGGUAAAUAUUUAUAG